CUCUUAUUGGCUCGGAGAAACAGAGUAAAAUAGCUCUCAUUCACCUCCUGUUGAAGAAGAAGAAGAAACAAACUGAAGAGCGCCAGUGAACUGGAGCUCAGGAUUGCUGUUUAAGUACGCAAUACUGAAAAGGGUGGCUUAUGAUAUAAUGCUGAAGCAAGUGUGUCAUAGACUGAGUAUACAUGGGGCUGACAAAAUCAGGCCUUUAUUAUGUUUACAAAGAGCUCAUUUCCACAGUGGGCAGAUAUCUUUUGCACCGCGAAGCUUUUUUGGAGUAGAAGAUUUUCUCGAUGAUGACAAUAGCCGGCCCUACACAUAUCAAAAGGAGAAGAAGACUAAAAAUCCGAAUAAGCACAUUUCAUUCAAGCAACGAACUAUUGCAUACAUGGAACCAUUUACACUCGAUGUUCUCAUCUCAAAACGCUUUGUUUCAGCUUCAAUUACGCAUAGAGUAACAAGCAAGCAGGUUGCUGUUGCUGGUACAAAUUCCAAAGACAUCAAAGCUGUCCUCAAAUCAAGAUCUGAUAUACCGGCAUGUUUAGCCAUAGGCCGCAUCUUGGCUGAGAGGGCGAGAGAAGCUGAUGUCUAUACUGCCUCUUACACUCCCAGAGACAGGGACAAGUUUGAAGGGAAAAUUAGAGCAGUAGUUCAGUCACUCAUAGAUAAUGGUAUUGAUGUUAAAGUAUAUCUGGAUUAAUAUUGGACUUUUCUCUGUACUUUGUCGCAUUCUCUCGAAAAAUUUCCUAGAUUCUCCUGUCCGAUAGCAACUAAACUCAUUGUAGUUCAGAUAGCGACUAACUCAUUGUAGUUCAGAUAGCAAGGUGGUUUGCUCCUGUGGUGCUGCCUCUUCAUCUGUAAAUUUGUUAUGUAGAUCAAUGGGAACAGAACUCAAGAGUCUUGAAAUUCUUUUUCAGGGU